AUGAGCAGUAUGAAGGAGGUGAUGCUGCGUUUGGUGAAGGAGGGUGUGGAGGAGCACUGCGCAGACCUCGAAGGGAGGCGUCGCUCGUAUGCGGCGGCCUUCACGGCUCUUCUCAAGCCUGGAGGAGGGGGCCGUUUCUCUUGGGCGUGUGUCUCUGAGUUCAGCACCUUGCCGGAAGUUCAGCAGCUGAAAGAGGCAAUGCUUGAGACCAUUCUGGAGGGCCGUGCCCAGAGGUCUGAGAGGGCCCUGAGAAGCUCAGGUGCCACCAUUGACAUCCAGAGAACGAGCAAGAGCUACGAGUGGGCAGAGAAUGGGUUCUGCAGGGCUCUUUGGUUGCUCUGCUCUGCUGCAAAGCCUCCGGAGACAAUUUUGCAGCCGGACGUGACUCCAGGACAAUGCUGGGCUUUCCAAGGGUCUCAGGGGCAGGUGGUCGUUCGGCUGCCUGCCCCCGUCCAACCAACCGCUGUCACCGUGCAGCACAUCUACAAGGCGGCCUCUCCGUCCGGGACCGUCAGCAGCGCCCCCCGAGACGUCACUGUCUCUGGAGUGGACGAGGAGGGAGAAGAAGAAACUCUCCUUGGGGCUUUCACCUACGACGUGGAAGCAGAGGCCAUUCAGAGCUUCCCCCUGAAGCACAAGUCCUCCAGGGCCUUUCAGUACAUCAAGCUGUCUGUGCAGAGCAACUGGGGGAACCCGGAGUACACCUGCAUUUACCGCGUGCAGGUUCACGGGCAGGUGGCAAGCCGGAGCUCAUCUCCCGCGGCAGAGGAGACAACGAGCCCGUCUCUUAAUAAGAAAUAA